UGUACCCUUGAGGAGGUACGUUAAUGUUUGUUAUGUCAUAUUAAUACAAGAAUGUCUUCAACAGACUCCUCAGGAGUCUUACUCUUUGACUGCAUUUGCAUCAUUUGAUCCGAUCAUUAGACAUAUUCAGAGCUUUGUCAUUCCAGAUCAUGUAUCAAGGCCUCAUAGCUGAGGACGAGGAGGAGGUGGAGCACUUCAUUGAUCUCUUGAAAAAGAUGUUGAAAGUCAACAAGAAUGAGAGGAUCACACCUGCUCAAGUGCUCAAGCACCCUUUCCUCGCUGUGGAGCAGCACGGUGACGGCCCACACAUGACUGUCACCAUGGAGGAGCCCUACGUACCUCAGCAGCCUGAACCACUGACCUCCGAGGAGGUGUAUCCUUCUCCUCCAAAGACGACAUCUUUGGACCUUGAGGAUGAAGAGGUCACAGCAGCACCUGUCCAGCCGACUGUACCUCAGCAGCCUGAACCACUGACCUCCGAGGAGGUGUAUCCUUCUCCUCCAAAGACGACAUCUUUGGACCUUGAGGAUGAAGAGGUCACAGCAGCACCUGUCCAGCCGACUGUACCUCAGCAGCCUGAACCACUGACCUCCGAGGAGGUGUAUCCUUCUACUCCAGGAAUCAAUGUGUCAUCUAAUCUGGAGGAUGAAGAGGAGACAACAGCUUCCGUCCAGCCUGAGGUCGUGACUAAGAGCAGAAGAAAGUCGGCAUCAAGACGCGUCAGGACGUUUUUCAAGCGCGUCAAAAAGGCCUGGUGCAGCUGCUUCAACUGCUGCACUAAAAUGCCAUGAGCUCCACAUGGAAAUUUUUAUCUCAGUAUUUCU